AUGUGCGAAGAUCUUGACUUGCCCCAAUCCUCCUUUCAACCGGCCAUUGCUGCUGCCAUCUUUCAGCAAAUUGAAACAUCUGAAGAGCCAGUACCAAUCGACUCCCAAACAGCUGAUCAAUGCGCCGUCCUUAAGCUCAACAUCAACGUUGGAAAUCAGAAUUUGGUCGAUCAAUUUGAAUGGGACAUGAGCGAACAGAGCAACAAUCCCGAGGAUUUCGCGCGGGUUCUCUGCGCCGAAUUGGGGCUUGGAGGCGAAUUCCGGGCGACCAUCUCUUAUUCGAUUCGGUUACUUCUGAGAAAAACGUCACCAUGGUUUUACAAUUCGCAGCAAUUCAACUCGGUAUUGAAUACACCAAUUGUAACUUCAUUUGAUGUCGCUUGUUGCGGUUGCAGUACCCAAAUGGUACGUGGACACGGAUUUCAGCUGAGCAACUGCCAUCAUAUUUAUUGUAACAAUUGCAUCUCGCUUACGAUUGCCAAACACGGAAGAUAUUGCACUCUCUGUUUUGCCACCAACAUGACUUACAUGCGGCAGCUUCCCACUCCGGGUGGUACAGAAGAUUUGACUUCGUAUCUUUCUUCGCGGUUUCCGUUGAAUGAUGGAUUGAUGAGCAAGACAUCUUAUCAUGAGCCAAUUCGUGCUCCGGUAUUCUCGCCAUCAAAACCUGCUCAAAAAUUGCGUGUUUGUGCUGGAUGUCAUCAAGGAGCUGCUCAGUAUUGCGACAAUUGUCAAGAAUCGCUCUGUGACGACUGUGUUUCUGCGCAUCAAAGGGUCCGCUUCACUCGAGAUCAUCCUAUUGUCCGUUUGCCCGAGCGUGGCGAGUGCAUUGAGAAGACAGCUGAGUCACAAUUUCUUGCGGUCAAGCUUAUUCAACCUGAUGGUUCUCCACUCGAUCUUGCAAUCACCGAACGAUCGGUGGCUGGCCUCUUACUUAGCUUUGUCCCCAAAUUGGAGGGGGUGAGCUCCCAUUCAAUUAGAAGUGCUUCGUGGAAGAAACUACAAAGAAAUUGCGGACCGGGGAGAACUGUUUCAUUUUGGCAAAAAGGCAGCGAAGAUGGAGAGCUUUUUCGCCCAUGGGGUAUUUGUUGUGAUCAAAAGGGCCGCAUCAUUGUCGCUGACCGAAGCAAUAAUCGCAUUCAAGUA